AUGCCUCCUCUGACUCAACCAGCCUCCCCCAAGAACAACCCAGGCGACAAGCUCGCGUCCUUUGCAAUCUUUUCGCAAACCCUAUUGAAGCACCUCCGGUCUGCCAAUGAUCCCCCCGCCAUCGACUCGCUGCUCGCCGAGCUCAAGCCGCAGCUGGAGGCGAUUGCCAACUUCCACACGAUCUCCAGGGCAAAAUCCCACAGGGCAGGGUUGGACAGAAAGGGGACCGAGCUGUGGAACUUGUGCACCAGGCUGCGUCGCGAAGAUGUCGACGGCGUCCCCCCUGCGAGGAGGAAGCUCUUGCUUCAAAGUAGGAUCUUUGCGUUCUUCAUGAUCGCUAUCGCGAGACAUGGUUCCACCGGCGCAGCGCUUCAGGUUGCGGAUGUGGUGCACCUGACGAGGCUGAUGCUCAAGGCCGGAAAAAUGUGUCUUGACGACGAGAGUAUCAGAACCAGUACGAACACCAUGAAGCUCGCCAACGCCAUCUUCUCGAAAGGCGCAGGAUACGUUGCGGAUCUGGGCGAGCUGCAGAAUACGAUGCUUGGGCCUGACGACUUGAUCGAGUGUAAACGCUUAGAGUCUGAAUACUAUAUACUCCGCACCGCACUAGCCUGGAAGGAGGACAACCUUACCGUCGCCGAGUUCAUGUACGACAAGGGACAUCUUGCCCCGCAGUCUCUGGACCCAAGCUCUGCCGAGAAGAUGACAGAGGUUCUGUUUGAAAUGGGAAAAGACCUCUCCGAAAGGGGCGACUUCCCCAUGGCAGCACGGUGGCUCGAACGAGCGUACAACGUCAUCAAUGCCCAGGACCUUGUACACCUCUCCCGCGACGCCAUCGAGCUGCGCCUCGCAGUCUGUCAGGGCCUGGUACACGCAUUUCUGGCCGUAGAUACACAGGACUCGUCCCAAAAGGCUCUCGAGCUGGUCAACUAUGUCGAGUCCGAGAUCGGCGACAAGCCCGUCGUGCUCCUCCUCCGCCUCGAGCUCCUGCAAAAGACGCCUGCUGAGGUCUUUGACGUCGAGGCCUACGCCGACAUCCUGAGGCGAAUGGUGCGCGCCUUCAACUUCUCCGAGUCUCACUUCAAGCUUCUCGUGCACCAUGCGCGGAAGCUGCACGACAAAAGUCCAACGCAGGCAACAAGUGUUGUGGACGGGAUGCUCAGGGGUGCGAUGGUCUCCUCGGGGCGCGAUGAAUGGGUUGAGAGAUUAGUUCUUUUAAGGAUCUGGAUGGAAACGACUCAGAGGGACAGUUUGACGGCCGUCGAAGGGCUGGCGGCCGUCUUGGCCGGGCUUCAGGAUAACCUGGAGAAGCCUUUUGGAGCAUCUGCGGCGGUUGGGGCUUUGACGCUUAUAUGGAAGAAGAUCGAGAUCACCUACAGCCAAGGCCACUUUGACAUCGCGGAUAGCUGGUGUCAGGUCGCGCUGCAGCCCCUUUUUCAAAACGGCGGGCCUGCGAAUAUGUCGAGGCUCGGCAGAAAGCUCAUUCUCUGUGCCCUUGGGGGAAACGACACAGGGAGAGCCCGGCAAGCCUUCCACAACAUGUCAGAAGCGGCGCAAAACGAGCCCAUGACGCGUUAUCUGAUGUACAAAGUGGCACUCCGCUCAGCAGACCGUGAACUGGCGACGGAAUGUCUUGAGAGAGUCGGGACAGCGGCAGGAAACGAGCCAGACUUCCUCUACGCUUGUGUUCUGGAGGCGCAGCAGGUCGGAGACAGAGUGUGUGCGAUGCAGGCCAUGAAGCAGCUGGUCAACAAGUUCGAAUUCAGCGAGACGUCUCCCGUGCAUCUCCCUGCGCUGUUGCGGUGCAACAUUCGGCUGGCUGUUUCUGUCAUGGAGAGCGAGAAAGACGCCGCAAGGCAGAAGGCUGUGGUGGAGGAGAUCAUCGUUUUGUUCGAAGGAGGUGAAGAUAUCGUUUCCUCGCAACCGGCUGUCGUGGCUUACAAGGUCGUAGCUGCCAAAGCGAUUCAACGAAAUCCAAACGACAAGGAUGGUAACCGCCUCUUCACAGUCAAGGAACUCGACUGGUUCUGCCAGAACGCGUACAACCUCGGCCUCAAGCACUGGGACAGCUGGGACCUCGAGCGGCUCGUCCGCCUGUACAACAGCUGCCUCGCCAUCGCGGCACACUACCCCGCGGACAUACCCUCGGAGGCGGCCGGCGACCUCGCCUUUAGGACCAUGUUCUGCAACUUCGUCGCCGCGGCGGCGCUCGUCUCGCUCGCACGUGUCGAGGAUAUCGUUGAGCGGCAGCUGCAGCACUACCUCGUCAUGCGGCGGCACGUCAAGGCGUACAACGACGCGCUGGAGGAGCGGGCGGGGGGACUGAACAAACGAGUGAAGGAUGAUCUCACAGCGAAGCUGACGACGCUGAUGGUGUUUGACUUUGAGGCGGCGAUGGCGCUGAAGAAGUAUGACGCUCUUGGGUACAUCAUCCGCACGGCCAAGACGUGUCGGGACGUGAACGCGCUCAAGGCCAUGGGCGAUAUUGCGUUGCGCGGCAGGCUUCCCGGUCAGGAGCUGUACUCUACGCUAGGGGUCAUCGUCAAUGAGAUCUGGGAGCUGGAGAAGAUGAAGGGCGACCGGCUGGCAAAGUACAUCCGGUGUAUGUUCCAAGCCGUGCAGUCGCUCGACGCUGCGCUGGGGCAGAGGUUGAUGAAGCAGGCCAUCGAGGUGGCGAGGGAUUCCGCCAAAGACAUCCGGCUUGCCCAGGGCCAACACCCGUUCCCGCCAGAAGAGCUCGAGUGGCUCGUCACCGUGUCCUUCAACCAGGCAGUGGACGCGUACAACGUGCGACAGGACGACGAGUGCAACAAGUGGGCGGACCUAGCGAUGAACCUCGCGCACUACGCUGGAGACGAAGGCGAGUUGGAGGCCUUGCUGCAGGAGAACCGGAUGAAGUUGAAGUUUGAGCUGUAG